AACCCGGCGAGAGGAGAGCGAGAGCCAUCGACGGCGGCAAAGAUGCAGAUCUUGGUGAAGACGUUGACCGGGAAGACAAUCACGCUCGAGGUGGAGUCCUCGGACACCAUCGACAACGUCAAGGCUAAGAUCCAGGACAAGGAAGGUAUCCCGCCGGACCAGCAGCGCCUCAUCUUCGCGGGGAAGCAGCUGGAGGAUAGCCGCACUCUCGCCGACUACAACAUCCAAAAGGAAUCCACGCUUCACCUGGUACUGCGCCUCCGCGGCGGCAGCAGAGGUGGAUACCCCAAGAACCUUGAGCCCAACCUGCGCAUCCUUGCUCAAAAGUACAAUGAGAACAAACUAGCCUGCCGCAGGUGCUAUGCACGCCUACCCGCCAGGGCCACCAACUGCCGUAAGAAGAAGUGUGGCCAUAACAAUCAGGUGAGAGAACCUUAUUUCCCCGUGUUAUUGAAGUGCUUUACCCCUUUAGACAGAGGCUAACACAUCUGUCCUGUUCAGCUGUUCUUGGUUAUCAUAUCACUAAGUAUCUUGUUCGGCC